GUGAUAGGGUCCCCUGAGACAGGAUUGGGAUCUCUGCGGGCAAUAGACAGACAUGGAGGCAGCCUCGCCAGUGGGCUGUGCUUCUUUCUGCCAGGAGGGUGCGAGCGUCCGCGUGCCCUCGGACGGUCCUGGCUUGGCCCAGGCAGGAGGGAUGGCGGUGGAAUCACAGGCUCCAGGAGCCGGGUCUGUGCAGCCGCGCGGCCGGCCCGGGAGAACUGGGUCACCGGGUUGAGCGUGGCGCGACUGCGUCGCGGGGCCAACAGUCGUCGCUGGCGGUCCAGCGGCCACUGGCGCCGGCGGUGAGUGAGGCGCAACCCUCCCCAGCUUCCGGGCUGCGGAGAGCGGCAGAGACCAGAUCCGCUGGACCAUUAAGUGGUGAGCCUCUUCUUCAGCUGAGGGGGAAAAAAAUGGCAGUGUUCAAGAAGCUAAAACUUCUUCUCUGGAAGAAUUUCAUCUUAAAGAAGCGGAAGACCCUGAUAACACUCCUGGAAAUGGUCAUGCCGUUACUGUUUUCUACAAUUGUAUUGUAUUUCCGUUUCAAUAGUAUGCCAAGAAACAGAUCAUCUACUAACUACCAAGCAGUUGAUAUCAGUCUGCUGCCAGUGUUUUUCUAUAACUACCCUCUGAAAAGUAAAUAUCAGUUGGCUUAUAUCCCUUCCAAAAGCGAAACUUUGAAAGCUGUGACUGAAAUGGUAGAGAAAACCUUUGCUGUUGACUUUGAAGUUCUAGGCUUUCCUUCAGUGCCUUUAUUCGAAAGCUAUAUAAUUAAUGAUCCCAAGUCUUUCUACGUACUGGUGGGAAUUGUUUUUGACCAUAUCUUCAACAGCAGCAACGAACCUUUGCCACUUGUGGUUAAGUAUGACCUGCGCUUUAGUUAUGUCCAAAGGAACUUCAUAUCACCGCUGAGGCAUUUAUUUUUUCAAGAGGAGAUGGAAGGCUGGUGCACAGCCUUUCUUUACCCUCCUAAUCCAAGCCAAGAGCCCCGGGAAUUUACGUACCCUGAUGGGGGAAACCCUGGAUACAACAAAGAAGGUUUCCUGGCAAUCCAGCACGCAGUGGACAAAGCCAUCAUGUGGCACCACGCUCCCAGUGCCACACUCAGCAUGUUCAAGAACCUCAGUGUGCUGCUGCAGAGAUUCCCGCUGGGGCCACACGUCCAGGACCCUUUCCUGGUGGUCCUUCAGAACGAGUUCCCUCUGCUCCUCAUGCUCAGCUUCAUUUGUGUUGAGCUCAUAAUCAUCAAUUCCAUUGUCCUGGAGAAGGAGAAGAAACAGAAGGAGUACAUGUGCAUGAUGGGAUUGGAGAGCUGGCUGCACUGGGUUGCUUGGUUCAUCACGUUCUUCGUGUCUGCCUUGGUUGCUGUUUCUGCUAUGACCAUUCUUUUCUGCACAAAGGUAAACAGUGUGGCUGUGUUCAGGAACAGCAACCCUACCUUGAUAUUUCUUUUCCUGAUGUGUUUUUCCAUGGCCACAAUUUUCUUUGCCAUCAUGAUGAGCACAUUUUUCCAAAGAGCGCAUGUAGGAGCCGUGACAGGAGGCAUCGCCUUCUUCCUCACCUACCUCCCCUACCUGUACAUCACUUUCAGUUACCACGAGAGGACCUACGUCCAAAAGAUAGCCGCUUGCCUCUUCUCAAAUGUUGCCAUGGCAAUAGGAGUCCGGUUCAUCUCUCUGUUUGAAGCAAAAGGCACGGGCAUCCAGUGGAGGAACAUAGGCAGUGUCCAAGGCGACUUCAGCUUCGCGCAGGUGCUGCUGAUGCUCCUGGUAGACUCCCUCUUGUACUGUCUGAUAGCCUUCCUGUCAGAGUCUCUCUUCUCAGGAAAGUUCGGAAUACCUAAGUCUUGGUACUUCUUUGCCAAGAAGCCUGUUCCAGUUACACUGCCCCUUCUGGACAUUGGGGGUCCUGAGAAAACGUCGAGAAGCGAGUUCAUGCAGGAUGAGCCAACCAAGCAGAUGAAAGGAAUUGAGAUCCGACAUCUGUAUAAGGUGUUUUACAGGGGAAGGAGAGUCCGCGUAGCAGUCAAAGAUCUGAGCAUGAACCUGUACGAGGGCCAGAUCACUGUUCUGCUGGGACACAACGGAGCAGGAAAGUCCACCAUCUGCUCCAUUCUCACAGGUCUUAUUGCUCCUUCUAAAGGUCAAGCGUAUAUCCGUGGAUGUGAAAUUUCAAAAGACAUGGUUCAAAUUAGGAAGAGCCUGGGCUGGUGCCCACAGCACAACAUUUUAUUCGAUAACCUAACAGUCACCGACCAUCUGUCUUUCUAUGGUCAGUUGAAAGGCCUGUCUCACCAGGACUGCCGUGACAGAAUAGAGGAGAUGCUGCACAUCCUCAGCCUGGAGGACAAGCGGGACUCGAAGUCCAAGUUCCUGAGCGGUGGAAUGAAGCGCAAGCUGUCCAUUGGCAUUGCCCUCAUAGCCGGCUCUAAGGUGUUGAUGUUGGAUGAGCCGACCUCAGGCAUGGAUGCGGUGUCCAGGAGGGCCGUCUGGGACCUUCUUCAGCAGCAGAAGAGUAACCGCACCAUCCUGCUGACCACCCACUUCAUGGAUGAAGCUGACUUGCUGGGAGACCGCAUCGCCAUCAUGGCCAAGGGGGAGCUGCAGUGCUGUGGGUCGCCACCGUUCCUCAAGCAGAAAUACGGUGCAGGGUAUUAUAUGACUUUGAUAAGAACACCUCACUGUGACACAAGGAAGCUUUCUAGUCUUGUCUAUCAUCACAUACCGAAUGCAGUCUUGGAGUCCAGCAUUGGAGAAGAAGUGAUAUUCACACUUCCUAAGCAGACUGUGCCCAGGUUUGAAGCUCUAUUUACUGACUUGGAACAGAGACAGACAGAGCUGGGAAUCUCCACUCUGGGGGUCUCUGUCAGCACUAUGGAGGAAGUGUUCAUACGAUUAGGGGUGUCGAGUUCCUUGGGGCAAGUGCGGCGUUGGAUUGGUUACUGUCCUGAGUUUGAUGCCUUGCUAAACUUCAUGACAGGAAGAGAGACGCUUGUCAUGUAUGCCCGCAUCCGGGGCAUCCCUGAGCGCCACAUUAAAACCUGCGUAAACCAGAUCCUUGAGGACUUGCUCAUGCGGAUGCAGGCAGACAAGCUAGUGAAGAGCUAUAGUGGUGGGAACAAGCGCAUGCUGAGCACGGGCAUCGCCCUCAUUGGAGAGCCUGCAGUCAUCUUCCUGGAUGAACCGUCCACUGGCAUGGACCCUGUGGCCCGGCGCCUGCUGUGGGACACUGUAGCCCGGGCCCGUGAGUCUGGCAAGGCCAUUGUCAUCACCUCCCACAGCAUGGAGGAGUGUGAAGCCUUAUGUACCCGGCUGGCCAUCAUGGUACAGGGCCAGUUCAAGUGCCUGGGCAGCCCGCAACACCUCAAGAGCAAGUUUGGCAGCGGCUACUCCCUGCAGGCCAAGGUCGGGAGGGAGUGGCAACAGGAGAUGAUAAUGAAGUUCAAGGCGUUUGUGGACCUGACCUUCCCUGGCAGCGUGCUGGAAGAUGAGCACCAAGGCAUGGUUCAAUACUACCUUCCUGGCCAAAACCUCAGCUGGGCACAGGUGUUUGGCAUUAUGGAACAAGCCAAGAAGGAUUACCUGUUGGAAGACUACUCCAUCAGCCAGGUCUCUCUAGAGGACAUCUUCCUGAGCUUCACCAGCCCUGGCUCCUCCACUAAAGGCAAACAAGGGCAUGCUGUCCCAGCCAGCCCCUGA